AUGGGCGUGGCCUGAAUGCUUGGGCGUGGUCUGUGGGCCACGGGAUGGGAGAGGACUGGGGUUCCGAGGCCUGUGGGGCAUUGGGGCAGUAAGGUCUUCGUUGGCGCGAGUCAGGUCUUGGUUCACAUCUGCGGCUCUCCCUCUUCUCUUUGGCCGAGAAGCUCCGGCUCCUCCAACUCGGGCUCGCAGCUUCUUCAUCGUCCCACCUCGUCCUCGACCGCUCCCUCCGUCCUUGCCGCUGCCGCCGCCGGCAUGGAUAACAGGGAGGUGUACAGAUCCACCACAGAGGCGCAACCGGGCCCUACAAGCGGCCUCAACUGCUCCUUGGCCCGGCCCAGUCGGAUCCGGGGCCCCCUCAAGCUGGCUGAGCUGGGGCUGUCUCUGGUGGCUUUUGUCUGUGAAGAGGUCGUGCCCCGCUGCACGCGGUGUUCAGGCCUCUACUUUUUCGAGUUCGUCAGUUGCAGCGCCUUCCUCCUGAGCCUCCUGUUGGUGGUCGUCUUCUGUACCUGUUUGUUUGACAAAAUGGACAAAGACAAAGUGGCUAAGGCGGACCUCUUUAUCACUUUGAUAACUGGAAUUGCACUUUUGAUAGCAUCAAUAGUCUUUUUUCACACCACUGAUCGGACCAAACCUGAAAUUGCUGCAAUUGUAUUUGGAAUUUUAGCAAGCAUUAUGUUCUUAAUCGAUUUUGUUGUGCUGAUGGUCGAAAAAUAUCUGAAGUCCAAGACAAGGAAAUCUGAAAACGCCAAAGCAUCAGAAGUUACCAAGCCACUGAAUGCUUAGGCAAAUGGCUAGAGGAGGCAGGGACAAGAGGGCCAAGAAGCCACGGAGGAAGUGCUUAUAAACGAUGGCGUUUUACUCUACUCUCUGUAGAUUAGCUUCUUUUGUCCACUCACUUCUGGGGAGUUUGGGGUUGGGGAGGCUGAGGAGACAUCCAGUUUAGCUAGCACUUUCACCAAAGGGCUGUCCACAUUGCCUUCUUUCCAACUACUACUAAAGUGUGUGCCUUAAUGAAGACAUUUUGUUUUUACUAUUUUUUCUUUAAAAUCAUCAAGUGAUGAAUGUUUCUAUAAGACCACGACAGGACCCUUGUCUAGGUUGGCUUCCAGAUAGCAUUGUGGGUUUUUAUAAAUGGGAUGAAAUGUUCUUAUUGUCACUUGAGCUUGUGGAAUUAAUUUGCUUACUUGAAAUUUUGGGGGAGAUUUAAAAAAAAGAAAAACUAACCUACAAAUUGAAUGACUAAAUUGUAUCUUAAUUGAAUAAUAUUAUUUAACAUAUUUAAAAAGGAAAAAGUUUCAACUUUAUAGAUCCAAGAGUCUCACCUCUUCUCAUUGAGUAUCAAUCUUGGUGUGAUUGUCGCUCAGCCAUGAAGCAAAAUAGUCAUUCUUCUCCACCCCACUACCUUGGAGGGUCUUUGGCUAAUCUGCUGUAAAUGAUUUUCUGAUUGAUGCUAGGUUUGUAUGCAUAGUUUUAAAUACAGUGACAACCCCUAGUCCAUAAUAUAGUUUGGAUGUCUUAAUUACAUAGCAAGUAGGACACUGGCUCCCAGAUCGUUACUUGUUGACUUGGGAAAUGAAAAUGUGGGUAGAAAUCGGGAGAAGGAAGAGCAUUUCUCACUUGUAUGCAAGAAGAGACAUUUGCUGCCUCUUCCCUUGAUGUCAGAAAGGGGGUGCUCACUGUUACCUGGAAAGCUGCAGUUGUGAUAUAAUAUUUUAGGGUUGGCAUUGUUGGGCUCCCAGGUGCGCCAUCCAGCCACUGUUCUUUGCCUUCUUUGAGUGUCUGCCUCAUUCGCUUGUUUGUAUUGAACACAAUGUUCCCAAUCUUUCCUGACUACUGAAAAUCUUGAUUUUGAAAGUUGUUGGGAUGUGCAAACUGGAGCAGGGAACUUUGGAUGUCCCCUUUGGAGGGACAUUCCAGGUGAAGAAACUCCCUCCAGCAAAGCUGCCAUUCCUCUGGUCCUAGAGAACUGCCUAGAGGACAGAGUCUAAGUGAUUGACCUAGAGUCACACAGCUGUUGUGUCAGAGACAGGACUUGAACUCGAGCCUCCCUAGUUUGAGGCUAGCUUUCACCAUGGCUUCCUUUUUGGGCACAAAUACUGUGUUGUUUCUAACCUGAUAGAAUAGAGGACCAAGUGUCUAUGGGUGUGUGGGUGAGGGGGGAGGCUGGGGAAGAAUAUACUGUUUUGCUAGCCCUUCUCAAGGGAUGGACCAGGCAGUCUGUUUUCUUCUUCCUGCUGGGCUGCCUUCUCUCCACCAGUGAGUAUAGGAUAAAACUUCCCUUGUUUAGAACAUGGGUCCAAGACUCUCAUUCUGACUAGGUAUUCUCUACCUUGUUUGAGUUAUAGAUGGUGCAUUUUGAGCAGAAGAUUGUAUUGUGCUAUGAGACAGGGCAAUGCGCCUAUGAAAUAUCCUGGAACAUCCAUAAUACUGCUUGUUGUAAUGACUUUCCAUUCAAUUUAAUCUUGAAUAUAAAAAUGGAUUUUUCUUAAUUCUUAUAGAUUACUUUGUGGCCUCUGUAUCAGUGCUAGAAUGAGUUUAGCCUUUACUACUGAUGACUCAGCUCCUCACUGUUGCCUUAGGAAUUGGUAUUUCGCUGUGAAAAAGAGGUGAAGGAACCUGCAGUGUUCUGCCUGCUCAUGUGUCUGCCCCGCCCAGUCACAGUCUUCAUCCCACCCCAUCCCCACACACACCUGUUUGCUCCUCCAUGGACUUUCGGUCCUGGGCUCGGUGCUGCCUGUUCUUUCCCAAAGUUUCCUAACUGAUGGAUGGCCCACUGAGAUCAAAGCACCCUAAGCCUUAUUUCUCGGGCAUCUUCGGUCCCGUCAAGACAGAGGUUGUUUGGUCACCAGAUGAGACGUGGCUUUUGAGCAGCAUAAAGCUGGGAACUGAAACUGAAAAUGGGACCUGAUCAGACCAGUUUGGAAACUCCCUUUGGGAUGUGUGAGAAUGGAGACACAUAGACAUUUUGAGGCCAGGUUAGAAGUUAAAUCGGCUCAAGCUUCCAAGUGUGCUUGAAAGUCCAGAGUGUGUGCACUGACCUCUGUUGUCUCUAGUAGAGAAUUCCAAGCUCUUUAAGCUUGAGAAUGUGGUUUCUUCUGAGGGAGAUCAAGUAACUGGACUGUGGACUGUCUAUACUAACUCAGUGUUCUAGGUCUUGGCAGAACUCUUGUUGGCAACUUUAUCUUUGAAACAUCUAGUUGUGGCUUGUUUAGUAACAUAAUUUAUCUCUUUAGGAAAGGAAUGGGGGAGUGGGAGGUUUAGGAAUCUCUCUUUUGCACUUUUAAGCUUAAACCACUACUUUCCUGAUGACUUUGUGUUCCCUGAGAUAUCUGGGUUUGGCUGUUCUAUGAGGUUGAGGCCACAGGUAUGCAGAUGAAAUGGACUUCAUUUUCAUCUUCAUUGACUUGAGUGGUCAGAAUUGUUUCUUUUACAAAUUUAUGGAUUGGACCCUUUAUUUGUAAAUCUUACAAAAUUCCAAGCUGCUAUAUAUUGAAGAAAUAGUUAAUGGGGGGAAAAGCUAUCUUAAAAAACUAUCAGAGAUUCAGAGCAAAAUUAGAAACUUGAAUAUUAAUGUCCUUUAAUGAAAAAUCUAUUAAAAGGCUCUUUUACGUUGUUAAAUUUUCAACUUUUGCUGAUGUAAUUAAUUCUCUUUGCUUUCUGUUUAAUUUUAAUUUUCAUUGGUUCUUCAGAAAUCAUAGAGAGAAAUUUUUUUUAAUAUGAAAGGGUUCAUAGUUGAAUAUGUUGUUUGUAUUUGGGUAUGUCUCUUUUAAUGUUAUUUGCAACCUGCCUUUUGUAUAUAUGUUACUUUUUAAACCUGUGGCCUUUUUAUCUGCCUUGUUUUUGUGGUGCUUUUUAUAAAACAAAUGGUAAAAUUUUGUAAUCCUGUUUUUGAAUAAAUUCAUUUUACUAAACUCGU